AUGGCGACGAGAGUCCUUCAGAGAAUAGGACAUGGCCUGAACCAGGCGAAGAACCGGGUUCGGGCGAACCAGCAAGUGGCACUGACUGUCAGGAAUCUCUCUGCAUCCACUAACAGAAACCGUGAAGACAGCUGGUUCAAAUCUCUUUUUGUCCGAAAAGUCGACCCCAGAAAGGAUGCUCAUUCUCACCUGCUUGCUAAAAAGGAAGACCACAACUUGUAUAAAAUUCAGUUUCACAAUGUCAAGCCAGAGUGCCUUGAUGCGUAUAACAAACUUUGUGAGGAUAUUCUACCUUCUAUCCAUGCCAACCCAGAGUACCCAUGUCAGCUGGUGGGUACAUGGAACACAUGGUAUGGGGAGCAGGACCAGGCAGUGCACCUGUGGAGAUAUCGAGGAGGCUACCCAGCCUUGACUGAAGUCAUGAGCAAACUCAGGCAGAAUAAGGAGUUUAUGGAGUUCAGGAAAGAACGUGGGACGAUGCUGCUGUCUCGUCGGAAUCAGCUGCUGCUGGAGUUCAGCUUCUGGAAUGAGCCUGUGCCCAGAUCAGGACCCAACAUUUAUGAGCUCAGAUCAUACCAGCUCAGGCCUGGAACCAUGAUUGAGUGGGGAAAUUACUGGGCUCGAGCCAUUGAGUUCCGCCAGCAGAACCAUGAGGCAGUUGGUGGAUUCUUUUCUCAGAUUGGAAGCCUGUACAUGGUACAUCACCUCUGGGCUUAUAAAGACCUUCAGUCGAGAGAGGACACACGGAAUGCGGCCUGGCAGCAUGAAGGCUGGGAUGAAGUUGUGUAUUACACAGUUCCUCUUAUUCAGCACAUGGAGUCCAGAAUAAUGAUCCCACUGAAGUCUUCACCUCUGCAGUAGCUGCUGAUGCUCAGAAACUGAAAUCUAAAUGGAGUUUUAGAAAUUCUAACCAACUGUCAGUCAAGUUUUGCACUGCCGAGUAUUAUGGUUAAUUUUGACAUGCUAGCAAGGGUUUUUCCUUUUUUUUUUUUUUAAGAUUUGCAUUAGAGAUUGAAUUUUUGUUACGUUUUUCUUUACUCCUUAUUGGAAAAGCAUUGAAGUCCCACAAUUUAAACACUUAUUGUGUUGGAAAGACAGACAGACAUUGAAAGCUCUAAAUAUUCUUACAUAUUCACAUUAUCUGGUAGGGAGGAAAAUCAUCAAUGAAGACAUGUUAGACAUGGUUCCACAGUAAGAGAGCAUUGCUAUCAUCCAAGGACUACAUUUCUUGUCUUUGACCAUCUCAUCUGUUAAUUUUAUAAAAUUAUGGCACUUCAUUCAUCAACUCAAAAGUGGUGGUAGUUUUGCACAGCGAAAUUACCCUGAAACAGUGUGAGUAGUCUUUUGCUCACAGUAUUUUAUGAUGUCAUUUUGGAUUUGUCGGUUGUUUAAUGUGCCCCGUUGGAAGAGAAGUGUGAGUGUGCAGCAGAUGUGCCAUGUACCAGAGAAGUGCAUUUUAUACACUUUCAUCAAAACUCUGGCUUUCGCAUCAAAAUAGUCUGUUGUCUAAGCCCCCCUUAUACUGAUGAUGCUGGCAUGGUUCAUAUCAGUCCCUCCAUAUCAGUCAUGUAUAGUAGUGCGAAUCAGCAGCAGUGCAUUAAUGCUUUUGAUACGCUGCAGACCUCCAACCAAAUCUGUUUUUUUUGUUGUUGUUGUUGUUUUUUUCCUUUUCAGAUUGUGUUGAAAAAGUGUGUUUAUUAUUUCCAUCAAUAAUCAAACUAGUCCAAACAUCACAAAUACUGUUGUUCCAUGUCCUGGCAUAUAAUGUCCUGUCCUGUGGCUUGUAUUAGUUCCAUUGAGGAUUCUGGUACCUCAUGAUAAAUGUCAAGAAAAGGAGGGCUCCUUAAUACUCUGGCACGCGUUAGAAUUUGAACCAGUAGCUGGUGCCCCAUAUCUAGUGGUUAACUUCUUUGGCCUUAACUCGGUGCCCCUUAUACAUGACCCAGGAGCUCGUGUCUCUAUUAAGAAUCUCAGACGCAUGUCAGGACACAUAAUUCAUUGGAUUGAUUUGCAAUACUGUGAGAUUUUGAGGGAAAUUUAAUUAUGAUUGGUUUCUAGUUGUGUUCAAGCUGUGUACUAUGUAUAUCUAGAGCUUUGAUAAGAGUAGGUGUACAUACUGAAUUAAACAAAUAAAAACAAUCUUACUUUC